CAUUGCACAAAAUAUUAAUUAAAGCCUAGUUUACCACUACAGACACUUUGUUUGAAAACGCGAUUACAGUGUUUCACGUGCGGAUUUCAGUUGUUUUUCGAGGGUGUUAGUAAAGCGGGUCCCUUAAAGGAUGUCUUUGGUGUCGCAAGUGCUAGGAAUAAUGUUCAAUAUCAUGCAGAUGCCCUUUUCUUUGCCGGGAAAUGGCCGGGGCGUUCCGGAUAAGGACGAGUUUUCCAUUUUUCCUUUUAGUAGUUUGAGGAACUUGCCUGAACCGUGUACCACGUUUACUUUUAGGAUGGGUGAGAACGAGCUGAAAUUCACGGCUCUCCCCAGGGGCUUCUGCUCCAAUUGCUGUCCAGUCAAAGUUUACCGAGACAUACGUUUCGUGCUCUACACCAGGACGAACCCAAAUAAAGGAGUAGCUAUCGAGCCGUUGAGGCCAGGGGCGGCACGCAGAGCCGGGCUUGAUGAGACUCUGCCUACGGUUAUAUUCGUACACGGAUUUUCAGAGGUCUCGCCAGGACAGAGUGGAAGAAAUGUUCUUGAUGCAUAUUUGAACAGAACGGAAAAAUUCAACCUAAUCCUUCUCGACUGGUCCGAACUGGGAACUUUCCCCUGGUACAGAACGGCGGUGAUGAAUGUGAAAUACGUAGGAACGAGGCUGAAGCAAUUUAUCGAAAUGUACAGCGACAGUGGUGAAAUGCCCGUGGAAAAUUUGCACAUCAUCGGUUUCAGUCUGGGCUGCCAUGUUGCGGGAAUCGCAGGGAAACUUAUUCGACCGGACCUGAGAAUACCCAGGAUAACAGCGCUUGAUCCUGCUCUGCCAGAGUUUUCCUUGAAUGAUACUUCCAAGAGACUGACAAAAUCGGAUGCAGACUAUGUGGAUGUCAUCCACACCGAUUCAGGUAUUUUUGGUUUUCCUCUGUCCAUCGGUCAUGCAGAUUUUUUCCCAAACGGAGGAAGAGCUCUGCAGCCCGGGUGUCAGCCUAGCUACUUAGUUAGGCAAAGACUAGUGAACCAAGUCUUGGCAUGCAGUCACGUGAGGGCGUGGAGACUGUACGCGGAGUCGGUAAGGAGAGAAAAGGCCUUCCCAGCCACUAAAUGCAGCCUUUGGAGAGGUCCCAACAAACAAUGCGACUUUUCCACGGACGCAUAUAUGGGUUAUGCUAAUGCCAAGAACAGGAAAGGCCGAGGCACGUAUCACCUAAUUACGCAUGAAAGCAAACCAUUCGGAAUUAGAAGUGGACAAGAGAAAGAACUGAAUAAAAAAGCCUAAUAUAAUCUACUUGUACCUUUUGUGUACCUAAUAUACCAUUACAGCAUUUAUGUUUGUACAGUUUAAUG